UUGAGCAUAUCAACAUGUUCUGGGGCCUGUUUUUAAAUGUCUGUUUUAUUUCUCAUUGCAAGUUUGCUUCUAGCCAUAUAAAGGAGGGCCUGAUCAUGGAGCAGGACCCAGAGUGCCGAGACUCUAUCGAGAACUUUACCACUGACUAUAAGAUCAUAAGAACCCUGGGAAGGGGACGAUUUUCAGUCAUAAAAAUGGCCUACCACGUCCCAACCCUCACCUGUGUAGCUAUAAAAGUUCUCAAGAACACCGAGAAGUGCUCCUCAGUGAUGAGCAGGGAAGUUGACAUUCUAAAGUCCCUGGGCCAUCCUCAUAUCAUCAAGGUGGUCGAAGUGGUCCAGACAAGAGAGGCCACCCACCUGGUCAUGGAGCAUGCCUCUCAGGGAGACCUACUGGACCGAAUCCGGGAAUGUGGAUAUUUAAAAUCGUGGGAGGCCCGAAGAAUGUUUAGACAGAUAUUAGAGGCAGUACAAUUCUGCCAUGACAAUAAUAUUGUCCACCGAGACAUAAAGGCCAACAACAUUUUGAUAGACGGAAGGUCGAAUGCCAAGCUCUGUGAUUUUGGCCUAGCUGCUAAAACACUUCCUGGGCAGAAGCUGAUUGAUUUCUGUGGCACGCUGCCAUACUGUGCGCCAGAAUUCUUUGAAGCUGAGGAAUAUGAGGGCCGCCCAUUUGACGUAUGGAGUGUAGGUGUCCUCCUCUUCUUCAUGGUGACUGGGCACUUGCCUUUCCUAGGCAAGUCAUUUGCAGAGGUGAGGAGACAAAUCAGUUCAGCCAAUUUCAGCAUUCCGCCUCACGUUGCCAACGAUAUUUUCAAUGUUAUAGUGGAAAUGCUGAUGAUAAAUCCCAGCAGGAGGCCCAGCAUCCAGCAAAUUAUGAUGCGCCCCAUGAUCAAAGACAGCCAGGCCUACUCACCACCGACAUCCAUACAGACGUUCACAGGAACACCAAGCCCUAGCAUCAUCAAAGCCAUGAGAGUCAUGAGGCAUACACCUGAGAAAAGCACUGAGUCUCUGAUAGACCAAAAUAUCAAUGAGGUGCUCGCAACAUACUUGAUUCAACAGCACAAGCCACUCAGGAAAGUCUGCACACACCACCAAGUGGAGCCAGGUGUAGAAGAUCUUCACUCCUUCCCUCGUUUUCUUAAGAGAAAGGGACCUCUUUUCUCCUCCUUCACCUUGUCCUCAAAUUCAUCCAAUAUGCGGGAGAACGAGGAUAGGAAGAAUUUCAGGAAGGUUGUCAGAAGGCAUGAUGUGGGCUACCAGCAAACAAGGACCAACACUCUCCACCUCGACCGCCUGGACUGUCCUAUAGCUGAAGAAUUCAAGGAUAACAGGCUGCAAAUCAGGAAGACAUUCUCAGACUCCAAGACUGUGUUG